CAUUUCCCGACUUCCAUUGACGACGAGGAUGAUCUCGGUCCUCACGACAAGCGCGCUCCUCGCGGCAGCCCUCGUGGCAGGCGUCGAGCUCGACGCUGGUGGCUACCCGCGCUACUGCGGCAAAGACAUGGCAUUUUCCAAGGUGCAGCCCGUGACCGACCCACGUAUGGCGUCGCUCACGCUUCAGCACGUCCAACUGCUCGUGCGCCACGGCGCGCGCACGCCGUAUAGCUGGCAGAAAUGCUGGAACGGAUACAACGAAGCGUGGAACUGCCAGCUCCGCGAUCGCAUGGCGCCCGUCCUGCACACGGCCGAUGACGUACCGAGCAACAUGACCUUUGACAAGAUCUACACAGACGGUCAAAACGUCUUCAAGGGCACGUGCCUCCUCGGGCAGCUCCUCGACGAAGGCUACACACAGCAACAGCAGAACGGCGCGAACUUUCAGGCUGCGUACGUGGGUCGUGGCCACCGUGCGCUCUUCCAGGUCGACGAGCCCCUUGACCUCGCCACCUCCAAAGAUGUGUAUUUCGAAAGCACCGACGUCCACCGCACCGUCGGCUCGGGCUACAUCAUUGUCCAAAAUAUGUUUCCCAACAGCUCGUCGGACGCGGUGCCCUUCCAUACGGGCGACAUUGGUGUCUCGGCGCUCGUGCCCAGUGCCGACUUGUGUCCUGCCAUGAACGUGCUCGGUGGCCAAUGGCAAGCGUCCAACGAGUUCCACAACUGGGUCACCAACGCCUCCAACGGAGCGCUCGAGGCACAGUUGGCGGCGUAUGCCCCGGGGUACCGCAACGACAUCCUCUUCGACUGCCUCAUGACGCAGCGCUGCACGAACCGGACGCUGCCCAACAACAUGACGCUCGACUUCUUCCAUGCGAUGGUCAACAAGCUCGAGACGUCGGCGCUCCUGCCCUACUACUUUCGCGACAACAUUUACGCACGCACGGCCAGCGCGCGGCUCGUGGCGCAGAUGCGGAGUCGCUUUGAGGCCGCCAUGGCCGGCGUCGGCCCCCGCUUCUACCUCUCGAUCGUGCACGACUCGACGCUCAACCCGCUACUGGCGGCGCUUGGCGGCCCGACGUACCUCACCGAGUGGGUGCCGUACGCAAGCCACGUGGCGCUGGAAGUCUACUACGAAAACGCCACAACCGACUAUUACUUUCGACUGCUGUACCAAGGCAAGCCGCUGCCCGUGCCUGGCUGCGUGACCGAACUCUGUCGAUCGAGCGACUUCUUCGCCAUGACGUCGUUUGCGACCAACACGAGUAUUUGCGCUGUCGCGCCCCGGGUUCCCACCCCCAAGACAAGUCCCCCAACGACGUUUUCAACAGUGACGCUCGUGCUGGGUAUCACGGCCGGUGUCGCCGCCGGUGUCGCGAUCGGCCACGUGAUCACGGCCCGCGCCCGCGCCGGCUACAGCAUGGUGUAG